AUGACAGCAGGUGCAGUGAUCGGCAUAAAUUCAGCUGAUGACUUCUUUCGGAAGGCGAAGGCAUGGGAGGUACGACCAGCCUGGCACCAGACGGAGUGUGAGGUGCUGGUAGCCGGGGUCAGCUGCGCCGACCAAGAAACCAGGAGCACCUGCGGAGGCUACAAGCUCGGUUCGAUGCCGUCUGGUAGCCCACCCGUCUUCCUGACCGAGGAGAUUGCCGUUUGCCCCGGAACAUACUGGUGUGGCAAGGAGCAGGACAUGUGCAGCUGUACUGGGGAGAUCACCUAUGCCCCAGAGCUGUUUGAUGGCGAAGUGUACACUGUGCCAUCGGCUGAGAGGGCCUACAAGGUGACCUCAAGCGGAGCACAUCGGUGUGGCACUGACCAGUCUGGCCAGCCCUACGCGGUCGAUCCUGCGCCGUGGCACAUCAAGCACUGCUGGUGUACGCCAGAAGGCAUCUUGAACAUCCUGAAGCAGCAUCACGGCACAAGCCUUCACAAGAAGGAGUGCUCUCAGAGCGCCAACUUUGACUUUGCCAAUGUGCCGCGUCGCCUCCAAAGUGAGGAAGGGGCGGACAGCCUCGAAGGUGAGGAAGCAGAGCCUAGGCUCUUGGCCUCCUCUCGACGCCGGCGCACCUACAGUUAUACACCUUGGGCUUUGGUCUCGGUCUCCAAAACGGAGAAUCUGGACUUUGGCUACGGAGCGGACCCUUCCAGCUCCCAUCGGCAGCUUAGCUGCGCGUACGAGUACGGGGUCCCCAUUGCAUCCUCCACAAACUACCAUUCUGAUGGUUCCUACGCUGGCGACGUGUGGAAGGCUGAAGAUGUCGCCAAGCAGUGGGGGAACAAGACCUCCAGGACGUGCUGGGUGCGCACAACAGGCGAAGCCGGCGAGAGCUUGCAGAUGUGCGCCAUUGCUUUGAAGGAGCCAGGCACCCUGAAGGAGGUCGCGCGAGGCUCGCAGGACUACCUGCACAAGUGGUUGUUGUGGGCCAUCGGGAUCUGCCUGCCUUUCACUGCCUUCUUCCUUUACCAAGUUUACCGCCUCAUGCGUAGGAUCUGGCUGGCUGCCUUCGGCCUGAGCAAGUUCGUGCAUCUUUCCACCAGAACCACAACCGAAAGGAACCCCCGGAUCUAUGACGGCUCGAAGUUUCGGCUCCACAGCGUGGCGUGGGUGGAUGGCGUCCUUCAGGUAAACCUGGGCCUCACAGGCUACAAGGAGUACCUGGGCACCCAUCAGAGACCCCCUACAGAAUCGCAACAGCUCGGAGAGGAUGGCCUUCGGGAUUUCGGAGACAAGGCGGCCCACUUCUCGCAAGCACUGGGCUGCGAGGCCGUUCUUGGCACCUCAGAUGGCCAAGCGGUGCUUUUGCGCCGCAGUGGUGCAGUCGGCACCAACUCAGGGUUGUACAACGGCCCCAGCGGACACCCGGAGCCCAAGAAUGCAGGCGUGGAGGCAGAGGCCGACAUGGACACUGCCAGCGAGGCAUCCAAGCGUGAGCUCUUUGGCUCAGUGGUGGAUGAGGUGGUCGCGGAAACAAAUGUGCCCCGGGAGAGCCUGACAUGCCCGGAGCUCAUUGGUUUCAUGGCAGAUUCCACAGGCAAGCCUGAUGUACUUUUCCUUUUACGAACGUCUCUGACUUCUGAAGAGGUAAAGCUUGCUUACGCGAAGGGCGCUGAAGAGGCAUGGGAGUCCGAUCGGCUGAUGUUUUGGCCACUGGAGAAGCUGCAAGAGUGCGACUUGCCGCUUACAGCUGUGACGCGAGCGGCCAUCGCUUGCCUGCAGCUCCUGAAAGCACCGGCAUAA